GCGAUGAUGACUGGUCGUGGUUAUCAAUGAAUGAUGACAAAAAAAUCAGUCUGCUGCCGAAAUCAAAUGCUGCUGUUGCGCGUUUUAUUAGUGAAUACGAGUUUUGCAUAACUGGACCGGCUUUCAUAUAUCUACUCAGCAAGCACUAUCAUUUCCUCCGCUGCAUCAUGCCUCAUGUAAAGAUAUUUGCCAGAAUGGCGCCGAAACAAAAGGAACGAGUCAUCACUGAGCUUAAAACGCUUGGAUUUACCACUCUUAUGUGUGGCGAUGGCACAAAUGAUGUUGGUGCACUGAAACAUGCCGAUGUCGGUGUUGCAUUGCUGUCUCAUCCGUAUGAUGCUACGAUUGCUGAGAAGACGAAAAAGAAAGAGGAAGGAAGCGGAGCAAAUGUGAAUCCCUCACAGGACCAAACAAAUUAUUCUCAUUCUAAUUCAAAAAAUAAUUUGAACCCUCCAUCAAAUCUUUUGAAAAAAGCUUUAACACAACACUCUGGCCGACGGACAGAUGCUCCCGCUGGUGCCAGACAGAUCAGGCAUAAUGCUGCAUCGAGUGCUGCUGCAAAGCGAUUUGAGCAAAUGAUGAAGGAUUUAGAGGAAGAGGAAAAAGUUCAGGUGGUGCGGCUUGGCGAUGCCUCCAUCGCAGCUCCGUUCACUUCGAAAUACACAUCCAUACAGUCAAUUUGUCAUGUUAUCAAACAAGGCCGAUGUACUUUGGUCACUACGUUACAAAUGUUUAAAAUUCUUGCACUGAAUGCGCUGGUGCUUGCAUACAGUCAGAGUGUACUCUAUCUUGAUGGAAUCAAAUUCUCCGAUACACAGGCC